ACGUUCCCCCCCCCCCCCGCCUUUGGGCAGCCUCGGUUGAUCCUUGCAGGAUUUCAGUUCAGCUCUUGAUGCCGGCCUUGUGGGUGUGGCAAGAAGAAGAAUGACUGGUUGCUUCGUGGUUCUUGACCCGGAACUUGUCCAGGCACCCCGGAAGAGGUAGCUCGCCCGUGAGACGCGUGUUAGCUGCCUAGAAGUGAAGAACGGGAAGGCGCGACUGAGAAGGAGCAGAGGUAUUUUAGAUGCCCUCCACAUCCUUGGUUAUGGAAUAUUUGGCUAAUCCUGGUGCUUUCACCUUGGCUGCUGGAGUUGCUUGUGGCAUGUGCCUGGGCUGGGGCCUCCGAGUACGCUUUGGGAUGCUCUCCAAAGGCUUGACGAGCAAGACAGACACAGAGACUGGAACUGAAGCAAGCGUCUUAGGAGAAAAUGGGGAGUACAAAAUGAUUCUUGUGGUUCGAACCGACUUAAAGAUGGGAAAAGGAAAAGUGGCUGCCCAGUGCUCUCAUGCUGCUGUUUCUGCCUACAAGCAAGUUCAAAGGAGAAACCCUGCAGUGCUCAAACAGUGGGAAUACUGUGGCCAGCCCAAAGUAGUGGUCAAAGCUCCUGAUGAAGAAACCCUGGUUGAAUUACUGACCCACGCGGAAAUGCUGGGACUGAUUGUGAGUUUAAUUCAAGAUGCUGGGCGUACUCAGAUUGCACCAGGCUCUCGAACUGUCCUAGGAAUUGGGCCAGGACCAGCAGACCUAAUAGACAAAGUCACUGGUCACCUAAAACUCUACUAGGUGGAUUUUUAAUGAUAACAAUUCCUCUAUCACAUGCGUUCGAAGCCUAUCAAAUUCUAACAAUAAAAACUGGAUUUCUUCCCUGAUUUAAAUAUUCUUGAGAUGAAAAUAAAAGCCAUUCUUGUGCUCU